AUGGCUAUUCAGUCACAACCGCUGCUUGCAGAAGACACUCCAGUUGCCGGGCUUCGGCCCCUUCUUCUUGAUCUCCCUCCGCCUGGCUUCUCGAGUCAUCCUUCUUACUCUAGUAGUUCGGGAAAUGUGCUUCAGGAACGCCAAACACCUAGACGAAGUCAUUCGCCAGUAGACGAUCUUCAUGGAAAUUGGCAAGCUGCUUUAGCAACGUUGGCAUCUAGGAGGAGCGCAGAUCGCUCAUCGUGGAAACCUACAGUGGCGACAGCCAAACUGGUUCAAAGGCAGAUUGCUUUACAGCUCUGCGGAUGGAGCUUGAGAGAGGACGAGUUGAAGGCUGCUAUAAAGAAGUACGUAUUCUUCAAAGAAGGCAAAUUCUCAAGAGCAGCCUGUUGGCUGGUAUUCACAAAGCAAUAUAGCAAAGCGGUGGAUCUUCUGAUGCGAAAUGAAUCCAAUCGUAUGAUGUCUGGAACUGUUGCGGCCCUUGCUCCCCAAGCUUCAUCUGGGACGGCGAGGAACAUGAGUGUGGAGCUGCGAGAGCAUUGCGAGCGACUCAUUGUCAGACUUCAUGAUCCAUACUUCCGUAUCAUGCUCACACACCUCGCCCUGGGCGAUUGGUCUGAGGUCCUUGAGGAGGAAGUCAUACCCUUCCAGGAGCGUCUGGCUAUCGCUUUUCAAUUCCUUGAAGACAAAAGUCUCUCGUCUUACUUACGCCGAACCACGGAACGUGCAUGCUUGCGCGGAGACAUUGAUGCUAUCAUUGUCACUGGCCUGACACCUUCUGGACUUGACAUUCUGCAAUCAUACGUGGAUUGCACUGGGGAUGUACAAACGGCUGCUAUCAUGAGUUCCUACGUAUGUCCCCAGAAGUUCAAGGACAGACGAGCUGGGAGGUGGCUUGAAACGUACCGCGAUCUUUUAGAUGGCUUCAAACUGCACCACCAUCGAGUCGGAUUUGACAUCGAGAGGGGCCAACUUCUCUCAGAGGCUAGACAGAGCUAAUGGGUCCCAAGGCAAAUCCUAAUCCGAUGCCACUACUGUAACAAAUCUGUGAACAGUCCUGGAAUACUGUUAGCAGCGCAUCAGACAAAAGGACGGGUAAGAAGACAUUUCUUCAUUUCCACACCGACUGCAUGUCCCAACUGUAAUCGCGCUCUACCAAGAUGCUCGGUCUGCUUGAUGACAUUGGGGAUCGUUCAUGAUCCCGCUCGUGAGAUUGAACUUGGAUAUUCACAGGACAAAGGUAAAGCUGUUUUGCCACGAUAUCUUGAAGCCAUCGUCAUCUGUCAGACGUGCCGACAUGGAGGACACGCUGCACAUAUUCUGGAGUGGUUCAUGGGCGAAGGCAGUCAACGCUCACGCGGGGUUUGCCCUGUAGCUGAUUGUGAUUGUCGGUGUGCAGAUGAAUAA